AUGGGACUACUGGUACUGCCUGGAAGUGAUCCAUCGCCCAAAUGGACGUUCAGCCACUGCACUCAGCAAACGCACGCGGCCGAUGACCCAACCAGUGAUGCCAACCUCACAGACGUCCUGUCUGACUCGGGGGGGUGUGAUGUGGGCAGUCUGGAGCGUCUGGAGCGUGGAAGCACAGACACUCUGGCCAACGGCUGCCGAGCUGACAGUGAGGCCGCCAAAAGGCUGGCCAAGCGCCUCUAUCACCUGGAGGGCUUCAAGCGCUGCGACGUGGCCAGACACCUGGGCAAGAAUAACGACUUCAGUCAGCUGGUGGCGUCAGAGUACCUGAGUUUCUUUGAUUUCUCUGGACUGGCUCUGGAUCGAGCCCUGAGGAACUUCCUUAAGGCUUUUCCACUGAUGGGAGAAACUCAGGAGAGAGAACGGGUUCUCGUCCAUUUCUCCAGACGAUACUGUCACUGCAACCCACAGACCCCCACGGCUGAAGAUGGAGCCCACACGUUAACGUGUGCCCUGAUGCUGCUCAACACUGAUCUCCAUGGACAUGUGAAUAUUGGGAAGAAGAUGUCCUGCCAGCAGUUUAUCAGUAAUCUUGAUGGCCUCAACAACGGCAAAGACUUUCCCAAAGAUUUACUGAAGGUCUUGUAUAACUCGAUCAAGAACGAAAAGCUCGAGUGGGCAGUUGAGGAGGAGGAGCUCAGGAAGAGUCUGUCAGAAUUAGUGGAGGAGCAGUGUGAGGGCGGGAGUAAGCGUGUUGCCAGGGUAACGGACGGCAGUAACCCUUUCAUCGCCAUUCCCAUUCUGUUAAACGCGGUCACCUACAAACACGGAGUGCUGACCCGUAAGAGCCACGCCGACAUGGAUGGCAAACGCACCCCAAGGGGUCGCCGAGGGUGGAAGAAGUUCUACGCAGUCUUGAAGGGGAUGAUUUUAUAUCUCCAGAAGGAUGAGUACAAGCCAGACUGCGACAUUUCCGAGGUGGACCUGAAGAACGCAGUGCGGGUUCAUCACGCUUUGGCCACGUGUGCCACAGAUUACAGCAAACGAGCCAACGUGUUGAAGCUCAAAACCUCUGACUGGAGAGUGUUCCUGCUGCAGGCCCCGAGCGAGGAGGAGAUGAUGUCUUGGAUCUUCAGGAUAAACCUGGUGGCGGCGCUGUUCUCCGCUCCCGCCUUUCCUGCCGCCAUCGGAUCCAUGAAGAAAUUCUGUCGGCCCAUCCUGCCGUCCUCGUCCACGAGACUCAACCAGGAGGCGCAGCUGCUGAGCCAUGAGAGCAAGCUGAAGCAGAUGAGUGUGGAGCUGGAGGAGCACAGGAAGCACCAGCCCUCCGUCGACCCAAAAAGCCGUGAGUGGGAGGAGUACCGGCUUAAAGAGCACUACCUCACAUACGAGAAGACUCGCUACGAGACCUACAUCAGCCUCCUGCACACUAGAAUCCGUGCCGAGACGGACGACCUUGAGAAGAUCGAGGCCAGCGUGCUCGGUGGUCUGAUCUUGGACGGCUGGGAGUGUCACCUUCGAAAGAGCCAGUCGUCCCCGUCCAUAAGCCAGUCCCACGCUGGUCUGAACGGGAGGACCAGUGGAUUUACCAGGACAGAGGAGCUGAGGGAGGACGGGCACACCCCGCAGCAGCACGUGCAGAGGGUUUAGUCCUACGUGAUUUGAGCUCUGAGCUCCGUGAGCCGUCACGUUCCCUAGCAAGCCCCAUGAAGACAAGGAGUGUGAGCAGACACCAACCCAGUGUCCUGCUCAACCUCACUUCUUUAACUGUCUUCACAUUACAAGUGAUCAUCCUGUGUUCAUAGCAGCACCGUCACUAUUAUUUUAUCAUCUCAGAGGAAGUGGGAACUCAUUCACGCUGUAGUUCUUUAGCUACAGGCAGAACUUUGACUCGUUAAGGUCAGAAAGAAAUGAGUCCGACUGGUUUGCCUUUUUUCUUCUCUGUUCUGUUCUGGUUUGGGUCAGACAGCGACACACACAGGUCGGACGUGGUACUACUGUAGCAUUAAGGCUACUUUUCUUAUCAAACUCCUGCCCACACACGCGUGUGUGUGUGUGUGUGUGUGUGUGUGUGUGUUAUGGACCUAAAAGUACAGGUGGAGCAUGAAGAUGUAACAUAUCUGUCUUUAACAUAUUUAUUUAUUUAUUUCACUUUCACAACCUUUAUUCAUCCCAGUAAAGAGUUUACACUUAGAUUUUUUCAACGUUGACACGGUGCGCAGGUGGAGCUGUACGAACUGU